UCAAUGUCAUUUUUUAAGUCUAAGUCUAACAAACUAAAAAAAAAGAGGACAAUAGUGCUCUAGUCCUCGUGCUUUUGUGUUAGUUUAUUUGAAGUAACAUCUGGAGGAGGGUAGUGUAUAUACUUUCCCAGUGGGAGAACAACUGGGGACACCUUAAACUACUUACUGGUGGAGAAUGUGCGUACUGGGCCAGCUUCGAGUUGCUCCUCUUGAAGUGGUUAGCUAGAUGCUAACACACACACACACACAUACAAAACCAAAAAACACCACCUAUUGAACUACCGUCAAGCUAAAAAAAAAGCUGUGAAAUAAUCUUGGAUAGUAGCACCAUUACCGACAAAACCUGGACACACCACUACAUCUACAUGAGACACUGACUCGGCUACGAAAAAAUAGAGAUAAGCAUUAGAUUGUUGCUGUUGGAUCUAUCACCUGCCAUCCACUGGGAUCCAGGCGCUUGAGUCCUAAAUGACAAGUGCCUGAGGAUGUCCAAGCGGAGCUUGUUUGUUCGUCUGGUGCCAUGCCGCUGCUUGCGGGGUGAGGAGGAGACGGUAACAUCGCUGGACUACUCCCACUGCAGCCUGGAGACUGUUCCCAAGGAGAUCUUUAGCUUUGAGAAGACCCUGCAGGAACUCUACCUCGAUGCCAACCAGAUCGAGGAGCUGCCUAAACAACUGUUUAACUGCCAGUUACUCUAUCGGCUGAGCAUGCCCGAUAAUGACUUGACAGUGUUGCCAGCAGCAAUCUCAAACCUCAUCAAUCUCAGGGAGCUUGAUGUCAGCAAAAACAGUAUCCAAGAGUUUCCAGAAAACAUCAAGAAUUGCAAAGUCCUAGCUGUUGUAGAAGCCAGCGUGAAUCCCAUAUCUAAGCUCCCAGAAGGCUUCACCCAGCUUCUGAGUCUGACGCAGCUCUACCUGAACGAUGCCUUCCUGGAGUUCUUACCGGCCACCUUCGGCAGGUUGAUUAAACUACAAAUCUUGGAGCUGAGGGAGAACCAGUUAAAGAUGUUGCCAAAAAGCAUGCACAAGCUCACACAGCUGGAGAGGUUGGACCUGGGGAGUAAUGAGUUCACUGAAGUGCCUGAGGUGUUGGAGCAGCUGACUGGAAUCAAGGAGCUGUGGAUGGACGGGAACAGACUGACGUUUUUACCUGGGAUGCUCGGGACACUAAAACAGCUGGUCUACCUGGACGUGUCCAAGAAUAACCUGGAGAUGGUAGACGAGCAGAUCUGUGGCUGCGAGAGUCUACAGGACCUCCUGCUGUCCAACAACGCCCUCACACAGCUGCCCGGCUCCAUUGGCUCACUGAAGAAACUGACCGCACUGAAAGUGGAUGAGAACCAGCUGAUGUACUUGCCGGACUCCGUCGGAGGGCUCACAGCUCUGGAUGAACUGGACUGCAGCUUCAACGAGAUCGAGGCCUUGCCCUCCACCGUCGGCCAGUGCGUCAACAUCCGCACCUUUGCUGCAGAUCACAACUUCCUUACCCAGCUUCCCCCUGAAAUGGGCAACUGGAAGAAUGCAACUGUGCUCUUUCUACAUUCCAACAAGAUCGAGUCUUUGCCCGAGGAGAUGGGAGACAUGCAGAAGCUCAAGGUCGUCAAUCUGAGCAACAACAAGUUGAGGAAUCUUCCCUACAGUUUCACUAAACUGAACCAAAUGACUGCUAUGUGGCUCUCUGAAAAUCAGUCAAAGCCCCUGAUCCCUCUCCAGAAAGAGGAGGAUCCCGAGACACACAAAACCGUGCUGACUAACUACAUGUUCCCCCAGCAAACCAGGAAUGAGGACUACAUACCCAACUCUGACUCGGAGAGCUUCAAUCCGGCUCUGUGGGAGGAACAACGCAAGCACCGAGCUCAGGUGGCGUUUGAGUGUGACGAGGACAAGGAUGAGAGAGAAACACCCCCGAGGGAGGGCAACCUGAAGCGCUACCCUACACCAUACCCAGACGAGCUGAAGAACAUGGUGAAAACAGCCCAGUCCGUAGCUCACAGGCUGAAGGAGGACGAGUCGAGUGACGAGUCCGGGAAAGAUCCAAGACCGAUUGAGGGGAACCACAUUGGCGUGCAGGACGUGGGCGUUAAGGUCAUAGAAGCCCCUUGUCCCAAUGGCAUGGCAUCAGACAUGGAGCGCCAAGUGUCAUGCACCCAAAACACCUCUGCACCAGAAUCAAAAGACACUUCGGAGUCUUACAGCUCUCAGAAAGCCCCGCUCAAAUCUUCAGAGGCUUCUACGAUGAACCAUGAGGACACACUGGAGGAUUCUGAGGAGCUGUCAGAUGAAGAUGAAAUGAAAGUCGCAGAGAUGAGACCGCCUUUAAUCGAGAUCUCCAUCAACCAGCCGAAAGUAGUGACUUUAAGUAAGGACAAAAAAGAUGAUGGGAAAGACGCUGACUCCUUGCUUGAUGACACAGUGGCCAACAGCAACCAGAACAACAGUAACUGUUCGUCGCCGUCGCGCAUGUCCGACUCUGUGUCUCUGACCACAGACAGCAGUCAGGACAACUCUCUGUGCACCCCCGAGAGAGAGGCAAAGAUGCCCUUCCUGCCAAAAAGCCGGCAAGAAGACGAGAACAUGAACCAGCCCAGAGACACCACCCCUCUCCUCCAUAAUGGUAACGGCUCCGAAACGUCCCUUCAGGCCCUUCUGAGAACCCAGCAGAGCCCGCCAGAGAAACUGGGUGAUUACGACCUGUCUAUGGAAGCCAGGCUAGCAUUCAUCGAGAAGGGAAUAAACAACGGCAUGGGAGACACCUACACCAGGUGGGAUCAGAUCAACAUGAACGUGUCCAAGCUGCCAACUGACAACAUGGUAGAGCUGGAUGAGAACGGUUCGGUAGCUCAAGAGGACUUAGACGGCAAGCAGGGUUUUAGCAAUGACAACAUGGACCAUUUACAGAAUGGAAACCAGCAGGUCAUUGACUACUCUCACUGCUUGGCUUUUCCCCAGACUAUUGAUGCAGAGACAUCUGCUGUGCAUGUGGCCUCGACAGGCGUGACAGCCAGCAGUGACAUGUCUCUGUCUCGUAGCACAGAGGAACUGUCUCCAGAGAAAAGGUGCCAUCCCCCGCAGGUGAUGAAGGCUCAGAGUGUCAGCAACAUAGAGGCGGGGGGCAUGAAACUGUUCGCCUUUGAUGGUGACAGCGACGCCCACGAAGCAGCAGCAAUGUGUAGGAUGACAGGAGCCGGCCCGGGGCCCGGAGCUCAGGGCCAGAGCAUAGUCAGGAGCAAGUCUGCGUCGUUGCUCAAUGACCAGACUCUCCAGGUCUAUCCUAGCUCUUCUGCAUCCUCUUCAGACCUGCUCUCUUCCUCUAGGCCUCCUGCCAGCACAAGCAGAUAUCAAAUUGCCUCCAGCAUGGCCAUGGGCAUCCCUCCCCCCCAGUACAAUGUACAGUACACAAGCAGUGCCAUGCCGAAAGAAGGGUUGUGGGCCCAGAGGACGCCUAUGCCUCCAGAACACCAAGGCUACCUCCCUCCUCCUCCCCACUCAUUAGCCAACACCAACUUCUCAAACCGUAAUCAAGCACCUUACCUGCAGCCCCAGCAGAGGGGGCCUCCCAUGGGUCCCAAACCCUCGGGGGACAUGUGGGUUAAGGACAGACUUCUCACGACUGGUGGCCAGCCUCGGAGCAGCACUCUGCAGAGGCAAAGCAGCACCUCCUCCACAGCCUCCGUGGCCUCCAUGGGAGACCCGAGGCGCAUGCAGCUGCCCGAGGGGGAAUACAUGACGUACAGGGACAUACACACCCUCGCCAGGGGCCCGCUCGCAAUGAGCCAGGCCAUGCAGAGGCCCCUCUCAGCUCGCACUUACAGCAUCGACGUACCCGGAGCUUCCAGGCCUCACAGCGCCAGGCCUCAGCCCCACGAGCUUCCAGAGAGGACCAUGUCUGUCAGCGACUUCAACUACCAGCACAACAGCCCCAGCAAGAGGCCCAACACCAGAGUGAAGUCUGAGCACUCGCUGCUGGACGGGCCCGGACAGGUGGGAGGAGGAAGGGUGCCAACUGAUUGGAGAGACCAGGUGAUGCGGCAUAUUGAGGCCAAGAAAAUGGAAAAGAACGCGCUGUCUCGCUCCUAUAAUUCCAAUAACGCUCCGCUGAGCUGGUCUCACUACAGCAGCUGUAGGGAUAUGCAUGCCAGCCAAGGGUCCCUGGUGUUUAGUGCCAGGGACGGACAGCCCUACGGAGCUCUGGGCUUCUGUGAUGAUGUGUUUGGUCCCCAAGGGCAACAGAGCUACACCAUGGACCCCCACAGAAAAGUGCCUUUGAUGAACGGACAGAUGGGCCCUUCUGUUCGUCCUCCUCAAAUGAGCCAGGCGCCGAUGGCCCGCCACCCAUCCAGAGAGCAGCUCAUUGAUUACUUGAUGCUGAAAGUCUCUCAUCAGUCCCAGGGGCCCCCACGCAUCCCGCAGGACCCAAUGCAGCAAGAGAUCCGUGUGAAAGUGGAGAAGAAUCCGGAGCUGGGUUUCAGUAUAUCAGGAGGAGUAGGAGGCCGGGGAAACCCCUUUCGUCCAGAUGACAAUGGUAUAUUUGUGACACGGGUCCAACCUGAAGGACCAGCAUCCAAGAUUCUUCAGCCUGGAGAUAAAAUACUUCAGGCAAAUGGAUACAGCUUUGUGAAUAUCGAUCACGGGAACGCAGUGUCCCUCCUGAAGACAUUUGCGACCACUGUGGAUAUGAUUAUCAUUAGAGAAAUGCAAGCAUAGACUCAACUGAAACUGACCUCUUUAAAGAGUUUUUUUUGUGAGGGGCGGCACAAGAGGAGAGAAGAGAGUAAACUCGUAUGUUGACUCUCAUAUUUUUAUACGCAGAAGAAGAGACUGAUCUGCUCAUACAUGUUGGGACUAUUUAUAGUAAAGAUAUUCAGAGCCUCGAUUUAAACAUGGGGAAAACCACUGAAUGUAGUGGAUUAAAGCGAGACGGUGGCAAACAUCUGCAAGUACGAGUCCUCAAAAGGCCAUCACUGUGGUAUAUAUAUUUUUAUACAAAAGAAGCUGAAGAUAUGACCUGCUCUGAUGCAAAUAAUUACUGUGGUCUCUGUACAGAUCAUCUUUUAUUUCUCUUUCUUUCAGUUUUUUUUUUUUUUGUUUUUUUUUUAAGUCCAAAACUCAUUUACUCCCCCCAAGUCAUGAGUUUUAUUUCUGGUGAUGGACACAAACUGACCACUAGGAGGGGCAGGGUUCCCUCUCUUUUUUUCAUCAAGUUUGCCUUUAAUUUCUUUUUUUUUUUUCUUUUUCUUUUUUUAAAGUCAAGAUGUUGAAACCAUUUUCUGGUCUGCCGUGCGUUCUUAUAUGGAGGACAGUGUUAUGUGCUUUUCAAGUGGAGACGAAUGUAGAUCAAGGUGGUGUUUUGAUUAUUUUUUUUGUUUGUUUGUUUGUUUUAUGGGACAGAUUUUUUUUUUCUAUCAUCUUUUGCAAGAGUUGAGAAGAGGAAAUCAUUCACUCCCCCACCACCCCACCUGACCUCACCCCCCCGCCCUUCUUGCUUCCAUAAACCUGUGAAUACCCUCCAGCACUCCAGCGUACAGACACCUCUGUCCUCACAGCAACUCAGCUGCUGCUUGGCAUAUCACAUAACCAGGCCCCUCCCAAAAAAAAAAAACCCAAAAAAGGAUCCUUCACUAUAUAUAAAUGGAUCACAACUUCUCAAAUGUUGGAAAAAUGCAGUCUGCAUGUGAUCGUUUUUAACGAGACUGGAAAACGGGAUGGGAAUUGAAAUAUUAGGGGGAAAUAUAAAUGGAGUAGAGAUGUUUUUGUGUAUUUGCUUUCAGCAGCCUUAAUCUGUUUCUGGAAGAUUUUUUGUUGAACCAGAGGAAAGAGAUGUGGCGGUUGUUGCUAGUUAACCAAAGCAAGUGUAGGAGGAAUUGGCGGACAAGAAGGUAAAAAGCAGGAGUUAGAAUUAUAUCAGAGUAAGAGCAGGUCAACAUUUCAGAUUUCAGUCAUGUGUUUUUAUUCUUUUAAAAAGCUUCAUCUUUCAGGCAGUAAUCGACGAAUUGUGUUGCAAAGGUUUCAACGUCUCAGUUUUCUUCUUUUUUUUUCUUUUUUUUACAUGGGAGAAGACCACAGUUUGCCUUUUGUGUCUAUGAAAUAUUUUAUCAUGCAUUUUACUCAUCAUGGCUCACAAGGCAGUGUUUCAAUCUUUUUCUCUUUUUUUUUUUUUUUUUUUUCUUCUUUGCUGUACAGAGAGUUAAGUUGGGAGAAGUAAGUUGUCAAGUGCCAUAGACCUUGAACUGUUUGAAUAGGGGAGGACCUUUUGACCCCAGCACCCAAGCAAUAUUCACAUAUUCACAACCUUCUGCGUACAUUUGCAGCAUAACGGCUUGAAAGCAAUAUUUUAAAGCCUUUAUUUUCAUUCAGAAACAUCAGAUAGCAUUUUUUUUAAAACAAACAACACAACCUUUUAGUAAUCCCUGAUGAUUUUACAUGAUUUUUAUAUUGUAAAAAGAAUCUUUUUUUGUAAUGAAAUUGCACAGGAAGUAUAUAAAGUAGUGCUUAAAGGAAAAAAAAAAUCUCUGCAUUGUGUAAAAGUGAAUGUUUGUGUCACUUUGCCCAAGGCUUUUUACCGGCUUCUGACUUGAGUCUGUUGCUUAGAAGAAAACCACCACUCCUGUUGUUCAUUCGUGCAAAAAUAAUCAAUUUUACACUGAUGAAAAAAAUAACUAAUUCAGUCAAAGCUGCUUCUCAACAUUGUGUCAGAAGGAUAUAAAAAAAAUUGUGUUUUUAAAAGGUGAUGUUGUGUCCACUCGGUGUGAUUUUAAAUUUUACAUGUACCCGUCAGUUGCAUGAAAUCAGCCUGUUAAUAUUCAUUCACUGGUAGAUAAUUAUUCAGUGAGACGUGUUUCCAGUAGAAAAAUGGAAAUGAUAGAUCACUCAAAAAGGUAACAGCCCCAGUAAAUUCCAGCAGUACAUUUGUGAUCACCGAAUUUGUUUUUGUACAAUUAUUAUAAUUGCAUUUUAUCUCACAGGUGUUUCGACAAAUUGCAUUCCCUCAACUUUUCCCACAGUAGAUUGUGUCAUCUGCUGUACUCUUCCUGUAUGUAAUAAUAAAGAUUGACACACAUUUUAUGCUUGCGGCACUGUCAAAUUGAAAUGAAAUGAAAACACUGUGGUAAUUUUAUCCCUUAAAAAAAAUAUUAGUAGUACCAUUAUGUUAAAGGUAGCUGUACCUGUAAUUUUUAAAAAGUGAAGUUUAAAAAAAAGGCUUAAAAUUGGGUCUUAUUCACAGGCAAAUGAUAAUAUAAUGUGCAUUUCCCAAUAAAUUUUCACACCACGUAUUGUAUUUUACACAGAUGAAAUUGUUGUUUAUAUUGUUUUUAAUUUUGUUGGUGAUUUCUGUCAAUUUUCUUAAGAGUAGGGGGGAAAAAAUUCUGGGAGUUACGGUCACUUUAUAUUCAUGGCAAAAAAUAAAAUAAAAAAAGUAGUCUGACAUUUUUAGACAAUCUAGGGAGAUAACGUUGUCACAUUCUCUUCAUCCAUGUCAGUCUGUUUCUUAUGCUCCCGUAUUGUUCUUAUUUAUUUAGCAGUCGUCUGUGGAUUUUAGACCUUACUAAUCAAAUUGUAAAUACUCUAAAAAUUAAAGAAAAAAACAUCAAGAAAAUAAUUAAUUCAUGGCAUUAGUGACUUGAGAUUGUAAAACCAGCAAUAAAUUGCAAUGCAGAGGCACCCGUUUUAAUGUAUAGGUAGUAUUUCUAAGGUUUCUCAACGAAACGGCCACAGUGAGAUGAUGAUUGAUAUGCAUUUAUCCAACAUUCCAGAUUUUGUAUAUAUUACCUGUUUCUGACGUAACCUGUGUUACAGUAAAAUAAACUA